CGCUGGAUUUGGGAAGGUCGGUCAACGGGAGGAAACAAACUUACCAGGAACUUUUUACAUGCUUAAAGCUUUAAGAUGUCUUAUUAGUUUCAUCUAACUUUAACGCUAAAAAGAACUUUUUAGCGGUAAAACGGAUCCGUUUUGGGAAGAUUUGCGUUUGUUUUGAAGCAAUCCGACCGUAACUAAACUUUGACGCGCCGAAAGAAACACAAACAUGAGCACGAACCCGGUUCAGCCUCUGCCCGGUCAGCAAGUGAUCCACGUCGCUAAGGAUCCGGAGACUGACCUCGAGGCGCUCUUCAACGCCGUCAUGAACCCGAGGCCGAACUCCUGGAGGAAGAAACACCUGCCCGAGUCCUUCUUCAAUGAGCCCGAUUCAGGAUCCCACUCCCGCCAGUCGAGCACGGAUUCAGGCAGCCAGCAGCCGCCCAGACUGGUUCCCCACCACGGUAGAUCACAUUCCUCCCCCGCGUCCCUGCAGCUCGGAGCCGGAGCGCUCAGUGCCGCGGCCGCCGCCGCCGCCGCUCCGGUCCAGCACUUACACAGCCGCCACCAGUCCUUCGAUGUGACCGACGAACUGGCGCUGCCGCCCGGCUGGGAGAUGGCCUACACCCCCACCGGCCAGAAGUACUUUCUCAAUCACGUGGAGAAGAUCACCACAUGGCAUGACCCUCGCAAGAGCAUGGCAGCUAGCAUGAACCAGAUGAGUCUGCAUCAAUCCGGAGGCAAUAGUGGUGGUGUCCAGCAGCGCAGCAUGGCCCUGUCCCAACCCAACCUCGGACAGCUGCCGGAAGGCUGGGAGCAGGCAGUCACCCCUCAGGGAGAAACUUACUUCAUUGACCACAAAAGCCAGAGCACAUCGUGGCUCGACCCGCGGUUGGACUCUCGCCUCUUGUUGUCCCAACAUCAGCACCAUCAGCAGCGUCUCCAGCACGCCCAGCACCAGCAGCUCCAGCAGCAACAGCAAUGUCAACAACAACAACAACAACAACAGCAGCAGCAGCAGGUACAAGCCCAGCCUCAGGCUCUGGGUUCUAUUGGCUCCAUGCCACAGCAGCAGAGCUCUCAACCUGGCAUGAUGGGCAUGGCGAACCCACUGAACGCCCAGCAUCAGCACCAGCAGAAAAUGAGACUGCAGCGCAUCCAGCUUGAGAGAGAGCGCAUCCAGAAAAGGCAGGAGGAACUCAUGAGACAGGAGGUGGCGCUCAGCAGACAGAUUCCCAUGGACUCGGACAACAUGGCACCCGUAACUCCUAACAUCAAUCUAGCUGCUAUGAACCAAGGCAACAUACCAAACAGUGGCUCAGACCCUUUCUUGAACAGUGGGCCGUACCAUUCUCGUGAGCAGAGUACAGACAGCGGUCUGGGUCUUGGCUGCUACAGCAUCCCAAAUACACCUGAAGACUUUCUCAACAACAUGGAGGACAUGGACACAGGAGAAAACAUGGUGCCGGUAAACAUGAACGUGCCACAGCAGAGCCGGUUCCCCGACUUCCUUGACUCCAUGCCGGGUACCAAUGUGGACCUGGGCACCCUGGAUGGCACGGAUCUCAUGCCCAUCCUGAACGACGUGGAGUCCGUCCUGAACAAGAAUGAGCCGUUCCUCACCUGGCUUUAAAGCAGCAGGCUACACGGAGUGGCUAAAGACUGUUAGCAUUAGUGCUACCUUUUUACCUACAUUUGAAAUUGCUCUCCCAGCUCUUUUAUUCAUAUUGUGCCUAUGUUGCUUCAUUUAAACCAAUCCUGUUAGCUCAGAGCCGGGAGAACAUAAACCAAAGCGGUCAGCCUGAGAACACACAAGCAGACGUCAAUCAGACCGGUCCAGCUGUAGACUGGAGAGAAAAUGAAAUGUUGUAUAUACUGUAGGAUACACAAGUCUUUACUGUUGUCGUGCAGGUUGAUCAAAUAUGUCAUUCCUCUGUUCGGACAUGAUUGAACAGCGCAGGUAUUUUUACUGUCUGCUGCCAUGUUUUAUUUGUUGAUGUAGGGAUGCUAGGUAGGCACCAACAGGUGGAGCCAUUGUUUUUACUGUAAAUGGAUAAACUAGCUCUGUUCGAAAUGGCAUACUGCAUACUGACCCAGUAUAUACUUUAUAAUGGAUACUGCAUACUGACCCAGUACAUACUUUAUAAUGGAUACUGCAUACUGACCCAGUAUAUACUUUAUAAUGAAUACUGCAUACUGACCCAGAUAAUAUUUUAUUAUGGAUACUCUGUACUGACCCAGUGUAUACUGAAUACUGCCUACUGCACCCUUUACUGAACCAGUAUAUACUGCAUACUUAAUAUUGAACAAGUACUGCAUACUGAACCAGUAUGUAAAGCAUACUGCAUAUUUUAUACUGACACAGCAUAUACUGCAUACUUUAUCACAUCACGUAAGCUCGUGCCUCUGAAAUGCAGCAGUUGGCAUAAACGAAUAGACAUUUUAUACCAUGUACUUUUGUGUACUGCUUCAGUAUUCCCUUUAUUUUUUACUGUAAAAUCAUCCACAUGUGCCCACUGGCAUCUGGUGCAUUUUAUAGAUUUUGUUAUAGAGUUUGCUUUAGUAUUAUCAAGAGCUGCAUAUUUUAUUCUGAACCAGUAGAUACUGCAUAUUUUUCCAGCAUAUUCUGCAUACAGCAUGGUGCAUACUUUAUACCAAACCAGUAUAAGCUGCAUACUGCAUACUGACUCGACUAAUGCUGUAUACUAGAUGCUGCAUACUUCUUACUAACCUAGUACCUACUGCAUAGUUUAUGUUGACCUAGUAAAUGCGACAUUGUUCAUACUCAUAUAGUAUAUGCUGCAUACUGUGUACAUGUGUACAGCAGUAUGCCAUGUUCUUACUCUGUAUUUUCAAAUUCAGUCAAGUAUCCUGUUCACAUACUCUAGUCAGGUGGGUUUUUGUUUGCGUAGUAUGCGCACUAUGCCAUUUCGAACACAGCCAAAGUUGGCUUCAGUGUAAGCACAUGCAUGUUAGCCAAUUCAUUAUCUGCACUAGUGGGAGCUUUAACGAUCAAGUACCGUAAACGCGGCCUUAUGAGAAAGCAAAACUGCUUUUCUUUUUUAUACAAAUACCAAAUAUUUUCUUUUCUUUUUUUUAUUGCAACAGUGGUAUGUUAGUGGUAUGUUAGGUUAGUUUCUAAUGAAGCAGUUAUUUUGUAGGCAUUUUGAGGUUUCUGUUCAAACUGAUCUCAGUUUAGCUAUCACAUCAUGUAAGCUCGUGCCUCUGAAAUGCAGCAGUUGGCAUAGACAUAGAUUUUAUACCAUGUACUUUUGUGUACUGCUUCAGUAUUCCCUUUAUUUUUUACUGUAAAAUCAUCCGGAUGUGCCCACUGGCAUCUGGUGCAUUUUAUGGAUUUUGUUAUAGAGUUUGCAUUAGUAUUUAUCAAGAGCUAUCAUUUUUAAUAGAGUUUUAGAUGUUUUUUUAAUGAAAUUUCAAAGCACUACAAAUCAGCACGAGUAUGACGGGAAGUGGAUGGUGGAGUAAAUGUUGAAGUUUAGCUUUUCAUAUGCAGUAAAUUUCCUGCUUUGUGUUUCUUUACUGUACUGUGAUGUUCAUUAGUCUGUUUAAAAUGAACUAUGCACGCCGACCCUCUCAGUGCGUUUACAUGCAUGCUGAUAAUCUGAUCAUUGAACUAGUUAUAGCAUAUUGAUUAUGUUCAUAAGAUGCAUCGUUAAUGCACUCCAUCGUUAGUGUAAACAGUCUGACAUGCUGUUUAGUGCAGUACUAUAAUGUUGGAACGCAGCACUUGUGUCCAACACUGCCUUAAUGUGCAGAGUGAUUUCCUCAUAUUGGCAAAAUUGCUCAAGUUUGCUUUUAGGGUUUUCACAUUUUAGCCACAGAAAACCUUUUUUAUCAGUGCAAGAAGUGUCUAAGCUAAGACAUGCUUCCUCUCCACAUGCAGAUGGUCUUACUAUGUGGAUAUAGAUACAUGUUUAACACUAUAUAAACCAGUUUUAGUCCCUUUAUGAGGCGCAUAGCUAAUAUCCACAAGCACCUGAAAUAUUUUAUAGUCAUUAAUACAUUACAACAUCAUAGUUUAAUAUUCGAAUGGGCUCCAUUGACAAAUAACAAACAAGCUACCAUACUUUAGGUAUAAGGAGUAUGUUGUUGAAGAUGAAUCAUUGAGAUCUAAUAGCACUACAUUUGAUUACUGGCUGUUCAUGUGCUAGCUAAUCAAACAAUACACUACAUCAUGUCAUUCUUAUUUUAUGUCCAGAGGAUUGUAUAAAGUAUCACCACGUUUUAAACAUUUUAUGUCACUAAUGGUUGAGAUACUUUGUGUAGCAAAACAUUACAAGCUCUCAUUAUAAAUGUAUGUUUAUAAUAAAUGUAUGAACAUCGAACUACGAUCAAAGUAAACAUGUAGACAUUUUUACAGGUGCAUUUAGCAAUAUGAAGUGCUUCCAAAAACAAUAAACAUGCAUACUCUUGUCGAUUAUUAAUAAAUGACAGGUAAAAAUUAUUUUUAAUAAUUAGGAUUAAAUAUUUGAAAUGAGAUCUCAGUACUGCUACAUGAAUGCACAGCUUUUCUACACAGAUCCAUCCAUGUUGCUGACAGAAAUCAGAUUACUGACCUGUGUAGACCUGUGUUGAGUUUUUCUGUCACUACCAGCUACUUAAAUGCCAUAAAACUGGUGAAUAGAUUUUCCAAGAUUGUCUUAUAUGUAAACGCACUUUUUAUAGUCAUGUGCAUAGAAUGACUAAUUCAGCUCAACGGUGAACACUUUUAUAGCAUCAUAGUAUCUGCAGGGAAUUAUACAGUGAGAGUAUUUUAGGGGAUGUAUAGACACUCAGACCGGAUGAGCGCGGGUGGACGCAUGACCUUGCUUUAUUUCUUUAGCCCAACUGAAAUCCCAACUGAUUUUUAAUAAUAAUAUUUUUUGUAUUGAUGUUAAAUGAGUUGUUUGCUAUUUUCUAGCAGUGGUGAUGUACUGUAUAAAACCACUCUAUAGUGACUAAGCAGCAUAUGGUUAUUUUGUAUACUGGUAACAAUGAGGGCAGAUGAGAUUUCAUAAAGGGUUUGUGUGUGUGGGGCUGAAACAUUCAUUUGCAGGGGGGGGGGUGCAUUUUUAGGUCAAACUAAGCUCAUGACGUCCUUCGGAUGGGAUUGAAUGGUUCAGUGCAUACUUUAUACAGUGCUAGAUUACUUCUUAAGUGCAGAAGAUGGAAAACAGAGAGUAAAGGAUGUACAUUCAGAUUUAUAUCCGGGAGCGAGUGCCCGGUCACUUGCUGAUAUUUAGUUCUACGUAUGAAGCCGUUAAUCCAGCACAGAAGCAUGCCAGAUUCUGUAGGUUUUUAAGAAGGGUGUAGUGUUUGAAUCAGAUCAGCUACACUUAAUAAAGCAAUACAUGUACACAAAGCAAUAUGUUGGGCAGCAAUAAGAAAGCCACGAGAUAUGAGAGGGUAUUAAACACAUUUUCAUUACUGAUGUGGAUCGUUUAGCACAAUGUUGCCGCACUAACGGGGAGGUUUGUGUUUGUUAAUAGUUGGUGGACAUUGGUGGACGUUGAACGCAUGCUGGCAGGCUCAGAGAAAACACAUUCACACCGAAAUCAAACAACUUACUGUGUUUGGGAAAUACAAGAUAAUUCUGAGAACUAUAACCUCAUAAAUCUGAAGUUGACCUGUAACAUGAUGAACAAAACGAAACAAAAAAAGAAUAAAAUUGUGUUACCACA